GCUUUCCGGCAGGACGUGACGCUGCGGCAAAGCGCGCCGCUUUUUGCGACGGGAGGAGAGCGGGAACGCGGGGGCUGCGGCUGAGGGGGCCCGGCCGCGGGGACUGGCCCCCCAGCGAGGACGCGUGCCGCGGUGCCAUGGGACCCGUCGCCGUUGCCCGCGAUGAGCCUCCACGCGCGGCUCUUUGCUAGCCGAGGGGUCAGGAUGCUGCCCCAGCCCUGGCGCUUCUUCUCGCGGGCGGCGGAGGAUGUGGCACUGCAGAGGAUCCGGAAGGUCCUGUGCGUGGCUGAGAAGAACGAUGCCGCCCGGGGAAUUGCAGAUCUUCUCUCCAACAGCAGGAUGCGGCGGAGAGAGGGGCUUUCCAAGUUCAACAAGAUCUACGAAUACGACUACCAGAUGUUUGGCCAGACCGUCACCAUGGUGAUGACAUCCGUCUCGGGACACUUGCUGGCUCAUGAUUUCAAGCUGCCCUUUCGCAAAUGGCAUAGCUGCAACCCUCUAGCUCUUUUUGAUGCUGAAAUAGAGAAAUAUUGUCCCGAAAAUUACGUGGAUAUUAAGAGAACCCUUGAGCGAGAAGUCCAGCAGUGCCAAGCUCUGGUGAUCUGGACUGACUGUGACCGAGAAGGAGAGAACAUCGGCUUUGAGAUCAUUCAUGUUUGCAAAGCUGUAAAGCCAAACCUCCAGGUUUUCCGAGCCCGCUUUUCGGAGAUUACGCUUCAUGCUGUCAGAACAGCCUGUGAGAAUCUCACCCAACCGGAUCAGAAAACUAGUGAUGCUGUUGAUGUCAGGCAGGAGCUGGACCUCAGGAUAGGUGCUGCUUUCACCAGAUUCCAGACGCUGAGGCUCCGGAAGAUCUUCCCUGAUAUUUUAGCAGAUCAGCUGAUCAGCUAUGGUAGUUGCCAGUUCCCAACCCUGGGGUUUGUAGUGGAACGCUUUAAAGCCAUCCAGGCCUUUGUUCCUGAAGCCUUCUAUAAAAUCAAAGUGACACAUGAACAUGAAGAUGGCAAUGUGGUCUUCAACUGGAAGAGGAACCGGCUCUUUAAUCACACAGCGUGCCUGGUCCUUUACCACAUGUGUAUGGAGGAUCCUGUAGCAACUGUUGUUGAAGUUGGGAGCAAGCCAAAGAGCAAAUGGAGGCCCCUGCCCCUGGACACCGUGGAACUUGAGAAAUUGGCUUCCCGCAAACUGAAAAUAAAUGCGAAGGAAACCAUGAGAAUAGCAGAAAAACUCUAUACUCAAGGGUUUAUCAGCUAUCCCCGAACAGAGACCAACAUUUUCCCCAAGGAGCUGAACCUCUCCGCCUUAGUGCAACAGCAAACACAGGACCCAAACUGGGGGGCGUUUGCGCAGAGGAUUUUGGAUCAGGGUGGGCCAACCCCUCGGAGCGGAACCAAAACAGAUCAGGCUCACCCGCCCAUUCACCCCACCAAAUACACUGCUAACCUGCAGGGCAACGAGCAGAGGCUGUAUGAAUUCAUCGUGCGCCACUUUUUGGCUUGCUGCUCUCAAGACGCCAAGGGACAGGAAACAACUGUGGAGAUUGACAUUGCUAAUGAGCGAUUCGUUGCUCAAGGACUAAUGAUCCUGGCCCGAAAUUAUCUGGAAGUCUAUCCUUAUGAGAAGUGGAGUGACAAGGUUAUCCCACUGUAUCAGAAAGGGUCUCGCUUUCAGCCCACUACAGUGGAGAUGGUGGAUGGGGAAACCAGCCCUCCAUUGCUCCUCUCAGAAGCGGAUCUCAUUGCGCUCAUGGAGAAACAUGGCAUUGGGACUGAUGCCACUCACGCAGAGCACAUUGAGACAAUCAAGACACGGAUGUACGUGGGCCUUACAGCAGAUCAGAGAUUCCUCCCGGGCCACCUGGGCAUGGGGCUGGUUGAAGGCUAUGAUUCCAUGGGCUACGAGAUGUCCAAGCCCGACCUUCGAGCUGAGCUGGAGGCUGAUCUGAAACUGAUCUGUGAGGGGAAGAAAGACAAAUCUGUAGUGCUGCAGCAGCAGGUCCAAAAGUACAAACAAGUCUUCAUUGAGGCCGUGGCCAGAGCCAACAAGCUGGACCAGGCCCUGGCUCAGUAUUUUGGAGAAGCCACAGAAAUUGCUGAGCAAGAGGAAGUCUACCCAGCAAUGCCGGUUCCCAUUCGGAAAUGCCCACAGUGCAACAACGACAUGGUCCUGAAGACCAAGAGGAACGGCGGGUUCUACCUCAGCUGCACGGGCUAUCCAGCUUGUAAAACUGCAGUCUGGUUUCCCGAUUUUGUGCUGGACGUGGCCAAGGACGAGAGCAUCUGUGCUGAGUGUAGACCCCAUCCUGUUCACAGACUGAAGUUUAAAUUCAAGAGAGGCAGCGUUCCACCCAUGAUGCCCCUGGAGUUUGUUGGCUGCAUCGGCGGCUGCGAUGAGAUGCUGAGAGAGCUCUUGGACCUGAAGUACUUACACAGGUCGGCGCAGCCCGCGCGGUCAGCCAGCCAGCAAGCUAACCACUUGCAGGCCAGCAACUCCUUCAGCAGAGCAAGCAGCGACAGCAGGCAGGCGAGGGGGACCACGAACCCGGCAGCGGGACAUCUCCUCUCCUUGAGUACACCGAGAGCACACAGGCCUGCUCCUGCGGCUGCUCCAGACAACGGGAACAACGCAGUGGUGUGCAACUGCGGGAACGAAGCCACGCUGUUAACUGUGCGCAAAGAGGGACCCAAUCGAGGCAGGCAGUUUUACAAAUGCAACGCCAAUACCUGCAAUUUUUUCCUCUGGGCUAACGAGCAGUCAGAGGACAGGAACAACGCAGCGCCGUGGGGCUCUGCACCGCCCCAGCCCUUUGGGGGAAGGGGCCAAGCAGGCUUUCAGAGACCAGGAGGAGGAGGGAGAGGCCCAGAGCUCUUUGGAAGCAACAACUCCGGCUCAGGAGGUGGCACAGUCUGCAAUUGCGAGCAGCCAGCUGUCACGCGCACUGUCCAAAAGGACGGCCCUAACAAGGGGCGGCAGUUCCACACAUGCUCAAAACCCAGAGAGCAGCAGUGCGGCUUCUUCCAGUGGGCUGACGAAAACACGGCACCAGGGGCUUCUGGAGAUGCUUCGUGGAACCACUUUGGGAGCAGCGGGUACUCAAGGGAGCUGGGAAGUAAAACGAAGAGACCAAGCAACCUCUCCUCAGGAGGCACGGCCAAGAAACCACGGACCUGUAGCGUUUGCCACCAGCCUGGCCACACGAAGAAAACUUGUCCACACAACCCCUGAGCCUGGGUGGCAUCUCCCGAGAGGCUGGGAGCUGCUACGGGAAGGAGCCUGUGAGUGCUUUCUGGAGGGGCUGGUGGCAGCCUGCUCCUGCCGGGGAUACCUUCAUCGCUCAGUGGGCCUGGGCAGCAAGGGUUCAACCAGCUCUGAGAAGCGGCUCCACUGCUUGCGUUAUCCUUUGGUUUUCAGCUGCUCUUCUGCUGAGCUGACUGGAACACACAAAAGCAUUUGGAAACUGUGAGCCUGCAGAGAAAACCGCAGUGGGUCUCGUCCACCGGCAGCUCCCCCUGUGGCAGUGGUCACAUCCACACGGCAUUUCUGCAUGAGGAGCUGGGUCGUAGCCGCUGGGACAAGCCCCAGGGCUGCUUAACUCUCCUCAGUUCCCGGCUUUCCACAGUGUGGAAUUUUAUUUUAAAGUUGCCCUUCAGGGUGGAAGCUACCUGAGCACCCUUCCCCUCGUUUUGUCACAGCCCCGUACACCUCUUACCGUGGUUGUCCGUCUGUGAAGGAGAGCCAGGGGCAGAGAUGAUGGAGCUGGUGCCCGCCCUGAAGGGGAAGCUCAGCUGCAGUGCUCAGGGAGAGCCUUUGUUUGAGACUGCUCCUGAAUUUGACGCUGCAUUCUUCCUCAAACCGCGAGGCGUGCCAGUGUGAUGCUGCUAGCUAAUGGAGGUUAUUUUUGUUACAGUCAUAACUUUGUAUUAAAAGAUUAUUUAAUUUUUAAGUUCGAUAACGGUGGCAACUUACUGUUUCUUCCAGCUUACGCUACUUACGCUGUUCCUGUAAAAGCAUCCACCCAAGUCUUGUUCUUUCCAUUCGCUCAGCGGAACAAUACAGCAGCUUUCUUGGCAGAAACUCCCUGCAGCUUUUUUUUUUUUAAGCAGGGAGCUGCAGCGGGGUAGGGAAAGCAGUUUUAUCUCCCUAGCUGCAUCUGCUGUAGCGCUGCUGUCCAGGGAGAGAGAGACAACGGGCUGAACCUGGAGGGAGCUCCUUUUUUCCUGCACUUAGUUUAGUCUGAGCUCCCUGAGAACGCCAACCUGCCUCCUCCCUCUGUUUGGGCUCUCUUUACUUCAAAGCGAGUAGUUCCUCGCACCUCCCUUGCUCUCUUCUGCCAGAGGGCAGCGCUCGGCUGUUCCCCCAGGGCCUCUGGGGCUGCUCCUGAGCACAGGGCAGUUCCCCUGGGUCAGUACUAAGGGGACACAGCGCACUUCUAGAGGGUCGCUCGAAGCAGGGGUGGUCACAGCAGCACAGGUU